AUGGAGAAGAUUGACUUUUCAACAAAUUCCAAAAGGAUACAAGAAUCCUACAAUAAAGUUGUCAGGGGAGAUCCCAAUUUUUCAUAUGUCGUUUACCUCGUGAAUAAAAAUUCAACUUUGGAUGUUGCCGAAAGCGGUGAUGGAUCAUUAGACGAGUUUGUUAGCAAUUUUGCCGACGGACAAAUCCAAUUCGGAUUAGCAAGGGUAACGGUUCCUGGAUCUGAUGUUUCAAAGAUUAUUUUGCUCGGUUGGUGUCCCGAUAACGCUCCUGCAAAGUCAAGGUUGUCAUUUGCCAACAAUUUCGCAGAAGUAUCCAAGAUCUUUAAUGGCUACCAUAUCCAAAUAACUGCUAGAGAACAAGAUGACUUGGAUGUUGAUGAAUUUUUAAAUAGGGUUGCUUCUGCUGCUGGUGCUAGAUACUCUACGGUAAAAAGCGGUGCAUCAACUUCAUCAGCUAAAGCUGGCCCUCCACCCGCUUCAAAGCCAUUUGUUUCAAAAGCUCCCGCUUUGGCAAGCUCUAGCAAACAAAAUCUUUUUGCUCCAAAAUCCACAGGAAGGCCAGUUCACUCUGUCGUAUCCAGUUCAAAACCAAAACCAAAACUAUGGGCUAAAAACGAUGGAUGGGGCGAUGCACAAGAUGUUGAGGAAAGAGACUUUGAAAAGAGCCCCUUGGAAGAUGUCCCAUCAGCAUAUAAACCCACCAAGGUGAAUAUAGAUGAAUUGAGGAAGCAAAAGUCAGAUACCGUUAGCUCAACGCCAAGGGCAUCUGCCAAUUCUGGUACUCGAGAUAAGCAUGAAGAAGAUACAACAGAUUUGAAGCCAUUGAGCGAGCGCAUGAAAACUUACGACCAUCAUGAUGAUGGAAGGUUAACCUCUUUGCCAAAGCCAAAAGUAGGCAACUCGGUAGCGAACAAGUACAAGGCAAACGCAAACGUAAACGCAAACACGGCACUGGGAAAAGCUACUUUUGGUGCCAAACCUACUUUUGGAACAAAUGACUCUUUCAAAUCUGACAAAGUUGUUGGAGGCUUGUCAAGGAAUUUUGGUGCCGAGAAUGGGAAAACACCUGCUCAGAUUUGGGCAGAAAAGCACGGCAAAUACAAGACAGUCGAUUCUGCAGAGGAACGUGUGGACUCUUUUGAGAAUCAAGAAGCCAAAGACAAGCCUAUUACUCAUGCCUCUGAACUUGCUGCAAAAUUCGAAAAACAGGCAAAGAUUGAAGAUGAUGAAGAAGAAGAAGAGCCACCUAAACCAUUACCUAGAAGAAAUCUUGCAUCUAGUUUUGCUACACGUCACGAAGAAGAUGAUGAAGACGAAGAGGAAGAGGAAGAAGAGCCACCUAAACCAUUACCUAGAAGAAAUCUUGCAUCUAGUUUUGCUACACGUCACGAAGAAGAUGAUGAAGACGAAGAGGAAGAGGAAGAAGAGCCACCUAAACCAUUACCAGCAAGGAACUUGCCAUCUCGUACACCUGUCCAAAGUACGACUAAUAAAGAGGAAGAAGAUAACGCCCCUAAAUUACCACAAAGAAGCUUACCUCCAAGACAAAACUUUGAUGAUGAUGAAGACGAAGAAGAAGAUGAUGAUGAUGAAAAGCCUGCAAGGUUGCCUGCAAGAAACUUGCCACUCCCACCUCAAAGACAAGCUGAACCCGAACCUGAACCUGAACCUGAACUUGAACCUGAACAGCAGCAACAAGAAGAAGAAGAAGACAAAGCAGGAGUGUCUACCAAAGGACACACUGCAACAGCAGAGUAUGAUUAUGUAAAAGACGAAGAUAAUGAAAUCGGAUUCGAAGAAGGAGACAUUAUUAUAGAAAUUGAUUUCGUAGAUGAGGAUUGGUGGUCAGGUAAACUUGAAAAAACAGGGGAAGUGGGUCUUUUCCCCGCCAACUACGUGAGCUUGCACGAAGAACGAUUCUGA